CAAGCGAGGAGAUUUGGGAUUCAGCCGUCUCCCCUAAACUCUCAUCGGGGACAAGCAGACUUGUAAACACCCAUCUCCCGUCACUUCUUUUUACUCUGGCAUCCUCUGUUGAUUUUGACGAAACUCAAUCCUUGCAGAGCUGGAGAUACGAAACCGAUGCUGAGGCCUCGGAAUAAACUAGAUGAAGCACAGAGACGUGCAUUGGAACAUGUGAAACAAGGGCACAACGUUUUCUUGACGGGCGAAGCUGGUACCGGAAAGUCAUACGCCCUAAGGUAUAUUAUACGAUAUUUGAAAUACAAAUACUGGAAGGAAGGGAGUGGAAGUGUAGGUGUUACGGCACCCACAGGAGUAGCGGCGCACAAUAUUGCCGGGCGGACACUUCACUCUUGGGCUGGUAUUGGACCCGGCGAUGGUACAAUUGACGAGUACUCUAAGCGUUUAGGACUAUGGCGAGAAACUAAGGUUUUAAUCGUGGAUGAAAUCUCUAUGGUUGGUCUCCCGUUCGCAGAUGGACACUCUACCCCCUAGCUCUUGGUCACCGAGAGCCAAUGCAGGCUGCUUGGAACAGGGGUAAAGGUUAUGGGGAAAGAAGACUGUAGCCAUCGAACUCGCCGGCGUCUCUCCGGGCUGCGCUCCUCCGGUAUCCUCCCUCUAGCUAGCCAACACGUUUUCGUCCCAACCUUACGGUUCUAUGAUCUAGGCUGCGGAAUUUGUGUUUGCUGAGCUGACUCGAAAUUCGAAGCAAUACGUCUGUUCCCAUACUUUACCUCUGUUCCGGUAGUAGCAAACUUGGUGUUAUGAUCACCCCUUCCUACUUAAGUCUCUAACUUCGCCCUCUGUAGGUACACCCUGCUCUAUUUGACAUGCUGGCCGAAAUAGGCCGUCGAGUUCGCAAAGAUCCACGACCUUUUGGUGGGUGUGGUCAUCUCUUUGCGGUAUCAUAGCCUGACUUGAUGGGGCAACUACAGGUGGCAUACAACUGAUCUUCUGUGGGGAUUUCUAUCAGCUGCCCCCUAUUGAUAACCAGGUGGCUAGGAACUGCCCCGGAUGUGGUAGUGCCCACGGUUUCUGGUAUCCGAGAAUAUAUAGCUAAUCUAAUUCCCUAAGCAGGCCAGAGGCUAGUGACAGAGGGACAUCGCCGGUAUCUAAGCCCUUCCAACCCCCAUCUUACCGAUAUAUUAUACAAACGGCAUAUGUAUUCAUAUGGUCUGGAUCCGACGCGGUGGCUGAGGUGCGCCAACCAUUUGGAUUGGAGGCGGGCUACAUGCGACUUCCUGUGGAAUGACUCCGCCAAAUAUGCCUUCCAAACCACCUCUUGGCCACAAUGCAAACUGAAAGCGGUGUCGUUGAAAAUCCCACAUCGACAUGAGGGCGACGAGGGGUGGUUCCAUAUGCUAUCCGAAAUCCGGAGAGGGAUUGUGUCUCCUACAACACUGGAAUAUUUGAAGACGCUUGAUCGAGCGCCAGCGGCUAACAAUAGUAGUCUAGACCCCGUGUUGUUACAUACCAGACGCGAGGGUGUAGCUUUUGAGAAUACAAGAAAGCUAGCUCAGCUACCAGGGAGCUCAUAUAAUUAUUUUGCAAUGGAUGUUGCACGCCAUAUUAAGAUCCUCUGCUACCAAGGCGACGGGAGCAGUUGGGAAGAGGGGAAGGUUGUGACAACUUCGGAUACAAAGUCCCGAGGUAUGUCUCGACAGCAAAACCCACAUUUGCCGGUCGGCUCUGAUCAAACGACUAAUCUGCUGAGAACCCUUGAAGGAUUUUUUGACGGUCUCCAAACCGCAAGCCAAGUUCAACUGAAAGUAGGGGCGCAAGUUAUGCUUUUAUGGAACUUGAACCAACGAAGGGGGUUAGUUAACGGCGCAAAAGGAAAGAUCGUCGGCUUCAGACGAUGCCAGUACGUACAAUACCGAAAGGAAAGCAAGGCUGCGCACGAUACGGAUAUGCAAUUGUACUUUGAGAGAAGCGCAAAAUACUUUCCAAGCGUUGACGAACCCGGGGACGGAUUUCCUAUACCCAUUGUAGACUUCGGGAAAGGACCUGUCCCAAUAUUUCCUUACAGGGAGGCCCAGGUGUUUGAAAACGUCAAGUAUUUGUCUGGUUUGCGGAGAUUCGCCUCAAGGAAUGAAAUGUUUCGUAUCCAGGUGCCCUUGGUGCUAGCAUGGGCCUUUACAAUCCAUAAAGCGCAGGGACAGACCCUAGACUCCGCUAAACUCAACCUCGACAGACCUUUUGUUCCGGGACAGGCUUACGUCGGUUUAAGCCGUACCAGGGUAUCGCAGAAUCUACAAAUCUUAAACUACGAUUCCAUACCUCAUGGUGUUUUUGCCGCCGAUGAAGUCUUCAAGUUUUCCAACAGGCUUGAGAACCCUCCCGUGAGCAAGGUGAGCGGUCUCGAUCACCUGGUUAUAAGCACAGACUAAGUCCUACAGAUAUCGGUGCUUCGCCGGCGCAGACGACCUAGGCCGCUUUUAGCUUUGCGAGGGGUUCGCGGUCGGUCUAUUUGGCGUUAUGGCCAGACAUCUCUAAAAAUUAUUCAGAACUCCCGCCGCGGGCUUUUCCGCUGGCGGCUUGCGGGUGGUAUAGGCCGCUGCCGCACUGUAACUCCCGGGAGAAGCCAGGUUCUGGUGAGGUUGACGGCGGGAAUGACGAAGCUGUUGAGCAAUCGCUUGGAUGGUCUUAAAACACUGGUUCCCUCUAUUCUUCGCUAUUUUUUCUAAUUUGGUCUAGUGUUUGGAGUGGAGGUAUUGUACGUAGUUAAACAUUAUUUUAAACGCUUUCACCUUUGCGGUGGGCGCUGAAUUUCUUCCCGG